AUAAUAUAACUGUCACAUCAUUUUAGGAAAAAUCUAGAAGUAAUGGUUGUAUAUGCAUGAAUUAUUCACAAUUAUUUUAUCUAAUAUUAUUAAAACAAAUUUUUGUAAAGUUGAACUGAAAUAAAGAUAACAGAAUAUGAUAAGGCUGUGAGAAUCCUAACAUAUGUUCAUUCUGCAAUUCAUGUAAUGGGAUUGAUGUCUAAAUCUUUUGACAAUAAAAUAAGAUACAAUGUUCGUUUGGGGAAGCACUGUUCAUGGAGAACUUGGUGUAGGAGGUGUAGAAACUGAACAAAUUUCAAUCCCAGAAAAAUUGGAUUGGUGUCAUGCAGGCACUAUAAAAAACACUGCUUUAGGAGACUACCACACAUUAUUACUGACUACAGAUGGAAAAGUUUAUUCUUGUGGAGAUAAUGAUUAUGGUCAAUUAGGUCAUGAGUUUCCAAGAAAAAGGCCACGUAUGUCCACCUUUAAUCUAGUAAGUGCUCUUGAUGCUCAUACAAUUGUAGCAGUGGCCUGUGGAAGAUCACAUUCUUUAGCCUUGAAUAAAUGGGGACAUGUUUUCGCUUGGGGUUCAGACGCUUAUGGGCAACUGGGACAUCAAUUGGGUCAAGUUAUACAAUCCGUUCCAAAAAUAGUGAGAAGCCUAGCUACAUUUCAUGUUGUUCAAAUAGCAUGUGGGCGCUAUCAUUCAGUUGCUCUUUGUAAAAGUGGUGAAAUAUUUUGUUGGGGUGCAAAUUCUUUUGGAGAAAUAGGAAUUGGAUAUACAUCAAUAUGUGAACCCACCCCUGUGUUAGUGAAAUCUUUGUUAGGAAUACCAUUUGCUUUUAUAGCUUGUGGAACCAAUCAUACUUUUGCACUUUCGAAGUCUGGGGCUGUUUUUGGAUGGGGAAAAAAUGUACAAGGACAACUAGGACUAAAUGAUACGCAGAACAAAAUUUAUCCUAAUCAUCUUAAGACUUUAAGAAGCAUUAAAGUAAGGUAUAUAAAUUGUGGAGAAGAUUAUUCCACUUUUCUGACAUUAGAUGGUGGAGUCUUCAGUUGUGGAUCUGGUACAAAUGGACAACUGGGACAUGGAACUUUAAGUAAUGAGAUUCUCCCAAAACAAAUUUUUGAGUUGAUGGGUUCUACUAUCACUCAAAUUUCAUGUGGACGUAAGCAUACUUUAGCAUUUGUUCCUUCAGGAGGUAGAGUCUACAGUUUUGGAGUUGGAGGAUCAGGACAACUAGGAUUGAAGAAAAUCAGUAAUACUAGUACUCCACAAGUAGUAAAAUUUCCAUGGCUCUCUUCCGUCGGUUCAUUUUCAGCUUCUUCGAAUAAAAGUGAAAAGUAUGAUAUUCAGAGGAUAUUUGCAGGAGGUGAUCGUUCUAUUGUACUGGUUCAUAAUUCUGGUACCAAUAAUAGCCCUUACGACUGCAGACAAUAUGAUACUGCUAGUCAGAUUGAAGAGAUUGACUUUGAUUAUAUGUCAAAGUAUUUGAGUUUUAAAGAUGACAUGAUUGUGGAUCAGGAAUUUUUAACUUAUCUGGAAGGUGUAUUUAAAAGUUUGCAAUGUAUAAACGGGUCGUUCCUUUUGCCAGGUAAUGCACACUAUUGCUGCACCAGUAGAAAUCAUGGGAUCAACAUGAAACUAGCUGAUAAGUGUUUCCUCCUCAUUGGAAAAUAUGAAAAUACUAGGAUUAAAGGAAUCAUAUUGAAUAGCAUUAUAGAGGACAUAAUGCCGAAGUUAUCUUCACCACCUCCAGAUUGUGAGGUUUUAAGGAUAUUUCUGACACUGCCCUUAUAUCAUGAGUUUUAUAAUCCAAGACAUCAUGAAAAAUUGCAUCUACCAUUUGCAAGUGCCUUUUUACAAUUGAAGGACAUGGCUAGUACUAUAGUCAGUUCAUGGUGGAGAAUGAUGUCACCUGAAUAUUUUGAAAAAUUAGCCAACACGUUCAAGGCAGUGGUGUCGCACAUUCUAGCUCUUCAGAAAAUUCCCGAAAGAAAGACUGUUUCCGAUGAUCCUAGUUUGAGAGCUAUGUUAGAUAUAAUGUCAUCUUUAAACAAGCUAAACCAUUUGGGUGAUAGAUUCAUUGUACCAUAUGACACUUUUCAUCUAUCAGAUUUGGAUGCAGUCGUUGAUGUUAGAGUGGAUUAUGUUUUAUGGCUUCAUGACCACAAUCCUGGAGCACUAUAUUUGUGUAACUAUCCCUUCAUUUUUGAUGCCCAAGCUAAAACUCGAUUAUUGGAAACUGAUCAAAUUAUGCAGAUGCAAGAUGCUAUGCAAUAUGCUGCUCAAGAGGCUCUGAUUUCUAUGCUGAUGCAACCUUAUCAUAUUACAAUUCUCAACCAGUAUCUGUUUCUGAACGUUAGUAGAGAAAGUCUGGUAGAAGAUGCUCUUAGAGAGUUGCAAUCAGUUGAUCCCGCUGAUUUGAGAAAACCAUUGAAAGUUAAAUUUUACGGCGAGGAGGCUGAAGAUGCUGGUGGUGUUAGUAAAGAAUUCUUUAUGCUGCUUCUCAGGGAAAUUUUGAGUCCGAAAUUUGGAAUGUUCAAGGAGUAUGAAGAAACGAGGGCCAUAUGGUUUUCAGACAGUGGUUUAAUGGAAGAUGGAAAUAACUUCAUGCUUAUUGGUAUUAUCUGUGGUCUCGCUAUUUAUAACUUCACAAUUAUCAAUAUACCUUUUCCGUUGGCAUUGUACAAAAAACUUUUGGAAGAAUCGGUGGGAUUAGUUGACAUGAAAGGUUUAUCACCAACAGUUCAUAAUUCCUUACAAUCUAUUUUGGACUAUGAGGGUGAUGAUUUUGUAGAUGUCUUUGAUUUGACAUUUGCAAUUGACAAAAAUGUUUUUGACCACAAUGUAACAGUACCUCUCAAACCAAAUGGUGAUAAAAUUGUGGUCACUCAGGAAAACAAGAGAGAAUAUGUAGACUUGUAUGUAGAUUAUAUAUUCAAUACUUCUGUAAAAUCCCACUAUGAGGCAUUCCACCAUGGUUUUAUGAAAGUUUGUGGUGGUAGAGUUUUGAAACUUUUUCACUCUCAUGAGUUGAUGGCUGUAGUGAUUGGGAAUGAGAACUACGACUGGCAUGCUUUGGAAGAAACAACAACAUAUAAAAAUGGUUUUAGUUCAUCUCAUCAAACAAUAAGAUGGUUUUGGGAAGUUAUUCAUGAAAUGAGUCUGGCUAACAAAAAGAAGUUUUUAUUGUUUUUAACGGGUAGUGACAGAAUACCAAUCCAGGGCAUGAAGGCCAUUAAGAUAAUUAUUCAAAAGACCAACGAUGAUAGAUACUUACCUGUGGCACAUACGUGCUUCAAUCUCUUGGACCUUCCAGAAUAUAAUACAAAGGAAAGACUAAGAUUCAAACUUAUGCAAGCAAUUCAGCAUACUGAAGGAUUCUCACUUGUAUAGUGUAUGCUUGGAAAAUAAUUUUUGUGACAGUGACUUGUUAUAACAAUUUUGUUAUAUUUGUUAUGUGGACUAAUGUUAUAAAAUUUAUAUAAUUACCUUGUAUACAAAAUAAUGUUUUAAAAAAAUACAUAUUUUCUGGAUUAA